GAAACAGAAGCCUAAAGCGCGAGUUUGGGUAGUACGAAACCUCCCAUUGAAAAAGCUCUCAGGAGGUGCUCAGGGGUUGUAUUCCAGGGUGAAAAGCACCCUAUAAGCUGUGAUGAAGUGUGUAUGGGAGCUUUUUGGGGUGAUUUCUGUGUGAUGCGCAUCGAGGUCUGUGGGCCCCAAGGCGCAUGCUAUACACUUUUUUCCAUCAUCGUCAGUGAAUCGAUUUUGUACCCUACACCAUUUUGUGCGAUAUUGCUGAAAGUGUUUGGUGUUCGUACUUUAUGGGGCUGAAGAAAAAAAUCUUUUUGCGCCCCAAAGAGUAACCAAAUGUGCGUGAUUUUGUGCUAAAAUUAACCACAAGUGCACCUGACAUCCGCUUGGGGAUGAAUUUUGCGUGAAUGUGCGUGAUUUAACGUACAAAAAACCCCGUGAAGUUCGCUACAACAUUCCUUGUGACCAAUCUCUGUGUGUGCACGAAAGGAGCUCCAUAGAAAUUGCAAAAAGGGCCCCCAGUGCAACUUUUUUUCAUCAUUUUCUCCCCCCGGAGGAGAACCCGCAAUUGCUGAAACUGGUUAAGAGGAAGGUGUAAAGGUGCUUUCUGGAGGAACACAUUUGGGAUAUAUAUACAUACAGCACGUAGAGAGAGAGAGCUUUGUUAGGUAUGGCACCAAAGGCACAACUAUGGAAACGCGAGGCUGCUGCGGAGGAGGUAGCCGAUGUAGCCGCGGAAGCAACCACCCUUGCUACUCACAUCUUUGGGCACAAGCACCACAAGUCCACCACCACGACGGAGGCAGAUUUGGAGGUUGAAGACACCAGCACAGCCCCAACCCCGACGAAAGGUGAGGCCGAAAAGAUGGGUGAGCAGGCAGUGGAGAUGGCAACGAAAUUUGCUCAUGAUAUGGGGAUCCCAACGUGGGGUCUCGUGGCGAUUCUCAUUGGCGUUGGUGUCGUCAUUCUCGGUAUUUGCUUCUGCUGCAUCCGCCGGUGCUUCCGGAAGCGUCGCUCCAAGGAUGGCAAGAAGGGCAUGAAGGGUGUGGACCUCAAGUCGGUACAACUCCUUGGGUCUGCCUACAAAGAAAAGGUACAGCCGGACAUGGAGGAGCUCACGGAGAAUGCUGAGGAGCAGGACGAGGGCGAGAGCAAACAGAGUGAGCAGAAGCUUGGCAAACUCAACUACAAACUCGAAUAUGACUUCAAUUCCAACAGUCUGGCCGUUACUGUGAAUCAAGCUGAGGAACUUCCAGCCUUGGAUAUGGGUGGUACAUCUGAUCCCUACGUAAAGGUCUACCUACUUCCGGAUAAGAAGAAGAAAUUCGAGACAAAGGUCCACCGAAAGACUCUCAAUCCUGUCUUCAAUGAGACGUUCGUCUUCAAAAGUCUCCCCUAUGCUGAUGCCAUGAAUAAAACCCUCGUGUUUGCCAUAUUUGAUUUUGAUCGCUUCUCGAAGCACGAUCAAAUUGGUGAGGUCAAGGUGCCCCUGUGCCAAAUUGAUCUGGCGCAAACCAUCGAAGAAUGGCGAGAAUUGCAGAGCGUCGAAGGCGAAGGUGGUCAGUUGGGAGACAUUUGCUUCUCAUUGCGAUAUGUCCCGACAGCGGGGAAACUGACUGUUGUUAUCUUGGAGGCGAAGAAUCUCAAGAAGAUGGACGUUGGAGGACUUUCAGAUCCCUACGUGAAAAUCGCUUUAAUGCAGAACGGCAAGAGAUUGAAGAAGAAAAAGACAAGCAUCAAGAAAUGCACCCUCAAUCCUUACUACAAUGAAUCGUUCUCCUUUGAGGUUCCGUUCGAGCAGAUACAGAAAGUACAACUAGUCGUAACUGUUGUGGAUUAUGAUCGCAUCGGGACAUCUGAGCCUAUUGGUAAGGUCAUGCUAGGCUACAAUGCAACAGGCACCGAGCUACGUCACUGGUCCGACAUGCUGGCAUCCCCACGGAGACCCAUCGCUCAGUGGCACACCCUCAAAGAUCCCGAAGAUGGUGAAGGGAAGAAGGAUUAAACAGGACACUAAGUAAGGCAAACUUCACUUUUGAUUGUAGCUGUUUGAGACACUUGUUCUCCCCUUCUCUUUGAACUAAAACAAAACAUCCUUUAAAAAAGAGUCCGCCCAACGAAGUGUUAAAAACAUUCAAAGGACGAGACAAAAUAAAAGCAAAACCAAUUUUAAAAAAAUAAAAAGAAAAGAAAAACUUUAAAUCUCCUCUCAGAAAUCUGAAGAAAUAAACAUACAAGGACCUAUAUUAAGUAACAAAGAAAAAUUAUUUAAACCAAAAAAAUAUUAUUCAAAAAAUAGAGGCCAGUAUCUAAAUUCUUGCUGCUAAUUUUUGGAAUUACAGAAAAAAAUUAAAAACAAAAAACAAAAUUUUGCGUUAGAAAACCAUAAAAAAUCAAAUUUUCGCGAAAAAUUUAUGAGAAAUUGCGCAAAAACAAUUCUAACAAAAAAAAUGGAGAAAAAAAGACAAAUAUACAGUAAAAAAAAUGAGAAACUUGUGUUAAAUAUUUAAGAAUUAAAAGAAAAAUACAUAAAUUCUUAUAACUUUCGUCGCAUAUGACAUUUAAUGAACAUUUAACCCCUGUCUUGAAACAAUAAUUAAGCAUUUUCCAGUGUGAAUAAAUUUCCAUUUAAAAUAUUUAUUGAUGUUAAUUGGAAAUUCAAUGAAAAAAAAUGGGAAAAAAAUUAAAAAUUAAACAAAUAAAAUUGCUUUUGUUACAAAUAAAAAAAAUGGCGUAAUUCUUUUUUCUAAUUUUUAACAAAAAAAAUCACUAAUUAAGGGACUUUGUUUCGUCUUCCGCAUUCUAAAUGUUUUUCUCUCAUUAAUAUGUUUCCAUCAUUAAUCUCUAAUGAAAAAAAAAUGAAAGAGGUCGAUUCAUGUUUUUUUGUCAUCUUGAAGAAAUUGCUCCAAGAAAACAAAAAGAAAUGUGAGAAUUUAUGAAAAAAAAACAAGAUAAAAGAACAUAGACGUUGUAAGAAUUCAAAAAAAAGAUACAAUAAAUUGUGCCCUCGAAUUAAUUGUAAUAAAUUAAUUAAAAAUAAAACUUAAUCUAUGAGAGUGAGAGAGAAGUUUGAAAAACAAAGAUGUAAAAAAUCAUUCCCAAGAGCUAGAAGACCAAAGAUUGUAGUUUGUCCAAAAAAAAAACUUUCAUAUCAUUGUACAGAUUUAUUCGAAUUAUUUUCCCCUUUUCCACCCUCUUAUUUAUUUUCCUUUCAAAUUAAAUCAUCAAGGAUUUAUUUUUCCGUGAAAAAUUCACAAAAUUCAUAAAAUGAAAUCUAAAACAUAGUGAAUUGAAAAAAUAAAACAUUUUUUACAUGAAUUUUAUUUUAAACAAAAAAAUAGGGCGCGAUGCAGGAUCCUCAGAGGAUUUACGCGAGAGGUUAGAGAAGAAAAUGUAAUAAAGAAAAAAAUAUGAAAAGUAGAUGAAAAAAGACUACGGAAAUGUUGUUAUUUAGUUCUUACAAUGCAUUUGUCGUAAAAAAAACUGCUAGAGAGUAGAGACAUGAUUUAAACGUAUGGCAAAGAAAAUAGAAGAAAAAAACAUGAGGUAAGACAUUGUAAAUUGCACAAUAUAUCUGUUUUUAUAAAAUGCAAAAAAAUCAUCACUGGAAUUUAAUAAUAUAAUAAUAAACAAAAAAAAACAUAGAUCAUUUUGCAAAAAUAUGAAAAAUUCGUACUUGCAACAGUAUAGAAAAUUUCGUACUACAAAAAAAAAUAUUCAAUAGUCGUAAGCUUUCGAUUUUUGCAUCGAAAGUUUUAAUUUUCAGACAUAUUUUUUGAGUUUAAGAAAAUUAGUUGAAAUAGGGUUGAAACUUUGGGAAAAGCAAAUGAAUUUAUUGAAAAUUUCAAUUAUAUUUCGAAUUUCAAAAAAAGAUUCAGCUAGAAGGGGUUAAAGUAAGCAAUAGGGGGUGAAAGAAGACGACAGACGGGCAAAUGGAGUAAAUGUUCAACAUAAGGGGAGAAACUGCGAAGAGAGAAGUUAGAAGAAAUCAAAUUUUGAAUAUUUCAUGAAAUUUUCUUAAGUUUCUUGAACUCCUGCAAAGUAUGAACUCUAUUUUUCUCAAUUUUCUCAAACUCCUUACCGUGUUUAUGAUAGAAAAUUCAUUGUUGGACCUCCCCUAAAUAAGAAAUUCUUUUAAAAAUUACUUUUCUUUCAAUUGUUUCCAAAGGGAGGUCCAAAAGAAAAUCCAACCGAAUGCACCAACCCCUAAAUAAGCACCCAAAGAUGUUUUUUUCUUUAUUUUUCAAUUUUUAUGGAAAAGUAAAAAAAAAGAGUAGAUAUUCAUUGAAAAAGAAACAUUAAGGAAAUAGUAAAAAACUCGUCAAAAUAUUUGCGAAAAAUAUAUCCAAAAGAUAGUAAAAAGAAAUCGUACAUUAAAAACCAAGUGCAUCAUCGAAUUAGCAUAAAACAGCAUUAAAUUAUUAAAAUGAAAAAAAAUAGUAAAAGCAAAAAUAGAAAUAUUGAAAUCAUAAUAUUUACAGAUUAAAUAGAAGAAAUGAUGAAAAUUUUUAGAUAUUAACUUGAGAAUUGAAAAAAAAAUGAAAAUUGUUUAAAAAAUCUGAGAAGCAGAAGACGAUGGAUCGUGUUGUGGGGAUCCCAAUGAGGAGGAUGAGUGGGCAAAGCCAUACGGUAGAGAUUCCUAAAGCAAACACAAAAAGGAAAAGAAAUAAAAUUGAAAAGGAUCCUGCGCAUGAUUUAUCGCUUCUAUCCCCCAGAAAAGUUUCUCAAGCUUUUCUUUGAUGAUGAAAAUCGUUGUAAAUAAAUUUAGAAAAAAAAAACUGGGUGAGGUGGUAAUAAUUUCGUACUACGCCGUGAGUUCAAUGAGGCAACCAAGAAAGAGAUUUAAAAGAUUGGUGAGGAUUGCGUGAGUCUCUUGGGUCAUCAUCCUUCAUUUUGUAAUUUAUAAAAUGUGUAUAAAAGAAAAUUUAAUAAUAAGUGCAGAGUUAUUUUUUUUUCCCUAUCAGAAGCAGAUUUUGCUUGAAAAAAAAAUUAAAAAAAUAAAAUAAAAAUGCUCCAUAUUUAGAUUUAUGUGCAAUCCAUACAAAAUAAAUACAAAAAAAAAUCUUUUCGUUAAUCAUCCCCCGAAAAGACGAAUGUGGUGCAAAAAAAUCGCUAUAGGAAUGUAAAAGUAUUAUCGAAAGAUUUAUUAAAAUAAAAAAAAUGAGCAAAAAAAUAACCAGAAAGGAAGAUGAAAUCUCACAAAAAAAUUAAAUGUAGCGCCGCACGUGAUGGAGAAUUUAAAUGUGCAAGAAAUAAAAAAAAAAUAAAGUGAAAUAUAUAUACCAAAAAAUAUGAAUAUAUAAACAUGAAAAAACAUUAUGUAUUGAAGAAAAAAUGAAUAUAAACAAUAAUAAAUUAUCAUUAAAAUUAUAAAUUUAUGAUUACAAGAAUGGAAGACAUGAAAACUAUUACUUUGUUGAUAAGUAGAUUGUUUUUUCUCUGGUGUAAUAUAUAUUAUACUAAAAAGAAAUAUAAACAUUAUGACAAAUA